AUGUAUGUAAUUAGGGGGGCGGGGGGGGGGGGGGUUGGAGGGGAGACAGAUGUUGCUGACGGGGAUGAAGUUUGGACGGCGUCGUUUUUUCGCGACACCCUACCGCUGGAGGCCUUUCAUCUCCAUUCCUUGCGACUCAUUUUCAAACGCAAGCCAAGCUUCGCAUUGCUCACGCAGUCACACCAGGAACAGCUUUAUCCACAAUCAUCUCUGCAGUCUAAAGAGCUACUAAGAUACUAUAACUGUGUUACAAAGAGCUUUCCAUCAAUGGACGAGAGAGCUUGUCGUUCAACUGCAUUGAUUCUUCAAAACUGCGCCAAAGUCAGCAGGCCAUACAACUGGAAAAAUCUUAGAAUCUUAAACAAUAUUAGCUGGCGGAUUUGUCAGCCUCCUGAGGAAGCUGUCAUUAAUAACAACGGUUUCUCUAACAGGGCUACUGUAGAUGAUAGAGAAACCCUCUUAUUCGACCAGACUAUAUUAUGGGACUCCCUACCUACCGUUCUGUGUGUUGAGCACUGGGAUGAUACACUGCUCUGUGACGACGACGAAUUCGAAAUUACUAUAGAAGGAAAAAGCCUGAACUGUGUUCUUGAUGCUAUUUGGGGGUUUUACCAGACGGAAGAUCGCUUUGAUGGCAUGAUGCAUACGUAUUUUGAAGGGUUUUCACUUCGGAACAACGGUAAAUGGGAUCUGUGCCUUGUUACCUAG